GAUCUGUAUCGACUGACGUGCUGCUUGAGGAAUCUCAAGUGGAAUAUCGUUCUGAGACAGACUUGAAGGUCCGAGGAGCCUGGAAGCACGAGAGGAAGCUUUUAACAGGUAAGAGGUAGGAUGGUGGCUGCAGAGGGCAGUAUGCACAGCCCUGCCCUGGCCUGCUGGCAACCCAUUCUGUUGCUGAUCCUGGGAGUGGUGCUGUCUGGAAACGCUAUGGGCUGCCCAGCUCGCUGCGAGUGCUUGGCGCAGGAGAGAUCGGUGGUGUGCCAUCGGAAGCGUUUCAUCACCGUACCCGAGGGGAUCCCCACCGAAACCAGAUUGCUGGAUCUCAGCAAAAACCGUAUCAAGACCAUUAACCAGGACGAGUUUGCUGCAUACCCACUGCUCGAGGAGCUGGAGUUAAAUGAAAACAUUAUCUCAACCAUUGAGCCGGGAGCCUUCAACAACCUCUUAAAUCUGAGGUCCCUGGGGCUGAGGAGCAACAGACUGAAACUCAUACCUCUCGGGGUCUUCACCGCACUCAAUAACAUGACUCAGUUGGACAUUAGUGAGAAUAAGAUUGUCAUUCUGCUGGACCACAUGUUCCAGGACCUGUACAACCUCAGGUCCCUGGAAGUGGGUGACAAUGACCUGGUCUACAUCUCUCACCGAGCGUUCAACGGGCUACAUAGUUUGGAGCAGUUGACUUUGGAGAAGUGCAACCUGACCACCAUCCCGACCGAAGCUCUGUCCCAUUUGCACGGUCUCUUAGUCCUGAGGCUUCGACACUUGAACAUCAAUGUGAUCCAGAACUACUCGUUCAAGCGUUUGUACCGCCUGAAGGUUUUGGAGGUGUCUCACUGGCCGUUUCUAGACACCCUGGCUUCCAACUGCCUCUACGGCCUGAACCUCACCUCGCUGACGAUAAGUAACUGUAACCUGACGUCGGUCCCUUACGUGGCAAUUCGACACUUGGUUUAUCUGAAAUAUCUCAAUAUGUCCUUCAAUCCCAUCUUGACAAUUCAAGGACAUUUGUUGCAGGACCUACUCCGGCUGCAAGAGCUCCAUCUGGUUGGAGGGCAGUUAACCACCAUCGAGCACUAUGCUUUCCAGGGACUCAACUACUUGAGGGUCCUCAAUGUGUCCAGCAACUACCUGACCACAUUGGAGGAGGCGGCCUUCCACUCGGUGGGCAACCUGGAGACCCUCAUCAUUGACAAUAACCCUCUGGCCUGCGACUGCCGGCUGCUGUGGAUCUUCAGGAGGCGAUGGAGGCUGAACUUUAACAAGUGGCAGCCAGUGUGCGCCAGCCCAGAGAUCGUUCAGGGCAAGGAGUUCAAGGACUUCCCCGAUGUCCUACUGCCCAACUACUUCACGUGCAGGAAGGCUCGCAUCCGGGACAAGAAGCCCCAGCGCGUCUUCGUGGACGAGGGGCACACGGUGCAUUUUGUGUGCAGGGCGGACGGAGACCCACCACCGGUCAUCUUAUGGGUGGCACCGAGAAAGCACCAUAUCUCCAGCAAGACCAACGGGAGGCUGACGGUCUUUCCAGACGGCACGCUCGAGAUUCGCUACGCCCAGCUGCAGGAUAACGGCAGCUAUCAGUGCAUCGCCAUGAACGCUGGGGGUAACGACAGCACCACUGCCACUCUGCACGUCCGAGGCUACUCACCAGACUGGGCUCAUCAGCCAAACAAAACAUUUGCGUUUAUUACCAACCAGCCCAAUGACAGCAAUGCCAACAGCACGCGUUCCUCCUUGCCUUUCCCGUUCGACAUAAAGACGCUCAUCAUAGCGACCACCAUGGGUUUCAUUUCCUUCCUGGGAGUGGUCCUCUUCUGCCUGGUCCUCCUGUUCCUCUGGAGCAGAGGCAAGGGCAAUACCAAACACAACAUCGAGAUCGAGUACGUGCCCAGGAAAUCAGACGCAGGCAUCGGGACCUCCGAUGCCCCGCGCAAGUUCAACAUGAAAAUGAUCUGA